AAUCAACCCACUAAAUACCCAAAGACCCUUAUUUUUCUUUCAAUUUCUGUUCAACCAUGGCCUCUUCUUCUUCCACUUCUCAUUCUCAAUGGAGUUACGAUGUGUUUUUGAGUUUUAGAGGUGAAGAUACUCGCAGAAACUUCACUGAUCAUCUCUACAAGGCUUUGAUUCAUAGCGGUUUUAGAACCUUUAGAGAUGAUGAAGAACUUCGAAGGGGUGAAGAGAUCGCACAAGAGCUCUUAACAGCUAUUGAGGAAUCAAGGAGUGCCAUUGUUGUCUUCUCAGAAACCUAUGCUCGUUCCAAAUGGUGUCUGGAAGAGCUUGUGAAGAUCAUGAAAUGCAAAGAGGAAAGGGAACAAAUGGUAGUUAUCCCAAUUUUCUAUCAUGUGGAUCCGUCUGAAGUGCGGAACCAAACUGAGAUUUACGGAGAAGCAUUUACCCAUCAUGAGAAGAAUGCAGAUGAGGAGAGAAAGGAAAAGAUAAGGAAAUGGAAGACUGCCCUGAGGCAAGCAAGCGAUCUAGCCGGAUAUGAUGCGAAGAACAGGUAUGAAUCAGAGCUUAUUGAUGAAAUUAUUGAGAACGUCCCUAGAAGCUUCCCUAAGACUUUAGAUGUUAACGAGAACAUUGUUGGAAUGGAUUCUCGUUUGCAAAGACUAAUAUCAUUGUUAAAGAUUGAGUUGAAUGAUGUUCGCAUGGUUGGGGUUUAUGGGCUUGGUGGAAUCGGUAAGACUACCAUCAUCAAUGCUCUUUAUAACAAAAUCUCAUAUCAAUUUGAAAGUGUUAGCUUGCUCACAGAUGUCAGAAAAUAAUCCACAGAAAAUUCUGGUCUUCUUAAGUUACAACAACAACUUCUUAAUGAUACUCUAAGGACAACGAGGAAAAUAGUUUUAGGGAAUGUUCAUGAAGGUAUCAAAGAAAUAAGGGACAAGCUUUCCUCAAAAAAGGUUCUUGUUUUUCUGGAUGAUGUAGACGAGCUGACACAAUUAGAAUACUUGAUUGGAAAGCAUAAUUGGUUUGGUCCAGGAAGUAGAAUCAUCAUUACCACUAGGAAAAAAGAUUUGCUAACUAGGCAUGGAGUGAAUGAUAUGUAUGAAGUUGAGAAAUUCAAUUUUCAGGAAGCUCUUCAACUUUUUUGUGGUUAUGCCUUUAAACAACAUCAUCCGAAGGAAGGUUAUGGAGAUCUCUCUCAUCAAGUAGUACAAUAUGCUGAUGGUCUUCCAUUAGCACUUAAAGUUUUGGGUUCUCUAUUACUUGGAAAGAGACUACCCGAUUGGAAAAGCGAAUUGCGGAAGCUGGAAAAGGUGCCUAACAUGGAAAUUGUAAAAGUGCUUAAAAUAAAUUUUGAUGGAUUGGAUUAUACACAAAGGAUGAUAUUUCUCGACAUUGCAUGUUUCUUUAGAGGAGGUGAUGUGAAAAGAGUUUCAAGAAUAUUGGAUGCUUCCGAAUUCAAUGCGGAAAGUGGAAUAAAUGCUCUCGUUGAUAGGUGUUUCAUAACCAUUUCAAAGGACAACAGAAUAGAUAUGCAUGAUUUGUUAGCCCAAAUGGGCAAGGGCAUUGUUGAUCAAGAAUGUCCUAAUGAGCCA